AUGGUCCGCUGGGCACCGCGAAUGCUUCUUGUCCUCGGAGAUGGGCCAGGAAUGGGCUGGCUCUACGCAGGUUCGGCCUUCGACGGAUUGAUUCAGCUCCGCCAGGUGCAUCCCGGCUUUUCCUGGUCUGGAAGGUUGGAUGUCGGUUCCCCAGUUAUCAAGCAAGCUUGCAGCAGUUUCAAGUCCUAG